AUGUCAGGUUGUGGAAAUGGUAGUGAUAAUUUAGAAGAUAUUGGCAAUAAUUUUAAAAAAGUUGUUGUUCAACCACCAAAAAAAACAACUUCAAUUAUAAUACAACAAGAUUCUGAUGAUUCUCAAACAAUAACAUCAUCAUUAAAGCCAAAAUCCACUUGUUGCAGUGCUGGUGAAAAUAAAUCAUCAUCAUCAUCAUCAUGUUGUAGUAGUAGUAAUAAAGUUGAAGAAAAACAAAAAUCAAGUUGUUGUAGUGGUGGUGAAAGUAAAUCAUCAUCAUCAUGUUGUAGUGGUAAUAAUAAUAAAUUUGAAGAAAAACAAAAAUCAAGUUGUUGUGGAGGAAAUGAAAAUAAAUCAUCAUCUUCAUGUUGUAGUAGUAAUAAUAAUAAUAAAGUUGAAGAAAAACAAAAAUCAGGUUGUUGUGGAGGUAGUGAAAAAAGUGGAUCAUCAUCAUGUUGUAAAUCAGAAUCAACGACAACAACAACAACAACAAAUAAACAAAUAAAAGAUGAUUCAAAUAUUUUAUCAAGUGGUGCAACAAUAAUUGAAGGUAAUAUUAUUAAAGCAUCAGUUGGAUGUCCUUCAGAUACACCAUUAGCAGGAUCAGAAGCAAUUUGUUCAAGUUGUCCAGGUCAAAAUGCAUGUAAAUCACAAGCUGAUAAUCCUGAUAAAAAGAGUAUUGAAAUUAGAAUGAAAGUUAUUAAAAAUAAGAUAUUGGUAAUGUCAUCAAAGGGUGGUGUUGGUAAAUCAACAGUUUCAUCCUUGUUAUCAUAUGGUUUUUCAAAGAGAAAUAAUAACACCACCAAAGUAUCUGUAUUAGAUGUUGAUAUUUGCGGUCCGUCAAUUCCAAAGCUAAUGGGUGUUGAUAAAUUGCAAAUUAUAAAUUCAGAGUAUGGUUGGAUUCCACCAAAGGUGCAACAAGCAAAUCAUGAUAUUAAAGUCAUGUCUGUUGGUUUUUUAUUGGGUACCCCUGAUGCACCUGUAAUUUGGAAAGGUCCAAGAAAGACCACAAUGAUUCGUAGAUUCCUUAAAGAUACAUUUUGGGGUAAACAAGAUUAUCUCAUCAUCGAUACGCCACCAGGCACAAGUGAUGAACAUCUCUCCAUUAUCAAUUCUCUAAAAUCUUGUAAUCCCGAUGGUGCAGUAUUGGUCACCACUCCACAAGAUCUCUCUUGUGAUACUGUAAAAAAAGAGAUUUCAUUAUGUCGUCAAUUAAAUGUACCAAUCAUAGGUAUCAUUGAAAAUUUAUCUGGUUUUGUAUGUCCAUGUUGUGAUGAAGUAACAGAAAUUUUCAAAUCUGAUGGUGGUAAAAAGUUGGCAGAACAAUUUAAUAUUCCAUUCCUUGGCAAAAUUCCAAUAGAUACAAAUUUAGGUAAAUCAGCUGAAAAUGGGGUUUGUUCAAUUUGUGAUCAUCCAAAUACUCCUGGUACUUUAGCAAUUCAUUCAAUUAUUGAUAAAAUUGAUCAAAUAAUAAUUGAAAAUAAAAAAAAACUUUAA